AUGUCGGAAUACCUAGAUGUCGGAGCGCGCAACGCUCCGCCGCCGCUCGAGAAGGGGUUGCUGCUGCGUUUCGAGGGCGCCGGCGCCGACACAGACCGCGAGCAGGUGUCGGCGCUGUGCGGCGAGUGGGGCACGGUCGAUUUUGUGGACUACAGCCGCGGCGAUGCCUCCGGGACCGUCCGCUCUCCUAGAUGCGGAGACUUGCCGGUUCAGCUGUAUCCGCUGUACCCGGCUAUUCGGCUGUGUGCGUAG